CCCUGCCUUGUACCCGUUGUUUGCCACGACAGGACUGGGUAAAGAAAGGAAGCGGAUGGACGGACCUGCUCUUCCUCGGAUUUCUUUUGCCGUCAACGAGAUGGUACUGCACCGCUCUGCCGCUGCUGCAGGGCUGCAGUGUUGCGUGUGGCCGCUAGGGGCAGAGGCGGACUCCGUCUCGUGGACAAGGAGCCCUGCGCUGUGAGCAUGUUGGGCUACCGCUGCGCGUGCAUCUCCAGCCCGUCGGCUGCAGGCAAUUUUUCCAGAUCUUGUGUUAUUGUAUUCCCGGUUUUACCCCGUUAGACGGUCGUGGCGUUUGUGACAGCGGAAUAGCAGCCAGCCGCGGUCUUGCCAAAUGUGAGAAAACAAGGAUCUGAUAUGGGCUGCGGGAUCGCUUCACCGCCUUGGAUCGACGGGACGCGCAGCGCAGUCUCUCAUCGGGAGCUGAAAGGCCGGGGUCCGAGGGGCACGAGCGACGAGCGCGCCUGCAGGUCGUAAUCGCGGAGCAGCGGACAGGCGCCGGGGGGUCAGACCCCGACCCCGACAGGAGAAGAGGGACGAGAGGAGACGAGACGGCAUCGCUGGAGACCCGCCUCGUACAGAUCAAUGAACAUCGUUUCCGAGGAUGCGCUGCCUGCGGAAACCCACGCUCCUGGCGGUCCUGGUGUCGGCGCUGCUGGUCGUCGCCCUGCUGCGCUCCUGGACGCCCAAGACCUCCCCCGCCGUGGACCUGCGGCCCGGGUCGGGCUCCGGCGCCGGCAGGCUGCUGGAGGAGCAUCAGCGGCUGGCCGCGGAUAAGUACGAGCACAUCCCCUACCGCGUCAAGGAGAGCGUCGCCGGGCUGCUGCCGCGGAACGACUGCGCGUGCGAGGCCAAGGGGGCGGCGCUCGGCCUGCCGCUGCCCCAGGCGCUCUUCCCCCGCGUGUCUGCGCACGCCCUGCACACCGCCUUCGCCGCCUCCGAGCUGGACGAGGUCAAGCGGCGCCGGGCCCAGGAGUACCGCAGCUUCAAGACCAGGUCGCAGACACCAGCUGACCAACUGAUCGUGGCCAAGGCAAACAGCCCCCUGGAGUACCCCACCCAGGGGGUGGAGGUGCGCCCCCUCAAAACCAUCCUCAUCCCAGGUCUGGGGCUGCAAGAUCUGUCGCGAGACUCCUACACGGUGAACCUCACAGCCACGCUGGGGACGUUCGAUGUGGCGGCCGAGGUGGAGGGGGUGGAGUUCAAAGGUGAAGGCGAGAUGCACGUGUCCCUGGCCAGCGCCCUCUUGCCCAACCUGAACCGGCAGCUGCAGUUCGUGACUUACACCAACACACUGUUCCACCCCAACACUGCUGACACAGUGCAGCUCGAGACGGACGGUCACCUGGCCCUGUUCACCAUCAAGGUCCGACAUGGGGUCACCCCCAAGCUCUACAACCCAGGCCCCAAAGGAGAGUACAACAUCAGCGCGCUGGUGACCAUCGCGACCAAGACCUUCCUGCGCUACGACAAGCUGCAGACCCUGAUCGACAGCGUACGCCGAUUCUACCCCACCGUCACCAUCGUGGUGGCCGACGACAGCGAGCAGCCGCAGCCCGUGCGCGGGCCCUACGUCGAGCACUACAUCAUGCCCUUCGGCAAGGGCUGGUUUGCAGGGCGGAACCUGGCCGUCUCCCAGGUGACCACCAAGUAUGUGCUGUGGGUGGACGAUGACUUUAUCUUCACGGCCAGCACCAGGCUGGAGAAGCUGGUGGAUGUGCUGGAGAGGACCACACUGGACCUGGUAGGGGGCGCCGUGCGGGAGGUCACCGGCUACACCGCCACCUACCGGCAGACCAUCUCCCUGGAGCCGGGCAGCGAGGAGGGCGACUGCCUGCACACCCGCCGCGGCUUCCACCACACCAUCGCCGGCUUCCCCAACUGCGUGGUGACGGACGGCGUCAUCAACUUCUUCCUGGCGCGCACCGAGAAGGUGCAGCAGGUGGGCUUCGACCCCAGGCUGGCCAGGGUGGCCCAUCUAGAGUUUUUUGUGGACGGGCUGGGCUCGCUGCACGUGGGCUCCUGCGACGACGUCGUGGUCAACCACGCCUCCAAGAUCAAGCUGCCCUGGGCCCAGUCCGAGAGCGACCGGGCCUACACCAGGUUCCGCUACCCCUCCUCCUCCUCCGACGCGGCCAACGCCAAGAACGGCCUGCUGUACUUCAAGAACCGCUUCCGGUGCAUGUCCCACAACUGAGCCCGCCCCCCGCCCUCGGCGCCAGGACUGCGGUCAGCCCGGCCUCCUGGCCCGGUUCAGGCUGUCUGGUCGCUCUGUGGCCUGAGUCCGCAGUUCUGAAGCAGAUGUCCCUCCAGAUGCCAGAAGACUUUGGAUGUCAGCUGUGCUGCCCCCCCUGCUCUGCGGGGUGCUGCUGUUUUUUACCAGAAUGCUUCAGGGCAGUCGGCCAAGGCAGGAAAAGGGGGAUCGAAUUCAUUGGGGGGGGGGCGAGGGGGUUAAAAAAAACUUUUGUAUCUGUGCCAUGAGUUAAAAGGCCUUCUGAGGUCAUGGAGGGGGGGGGUGUGCUGGGCUGGAUCAGGCUGUGGGGCUGGAGCUCGGCUCGGGCGAGCUGCGGUGCGGUGUGGCGUUUUGCGAGUCGGUCCUCUGCACCUUCAGAAUCGGGCGGUUCAGCCGUGGACUCGGCCCAGAUGAGCAGUUUCAUCAUCAUCAUCAUCAUCAUCAUCAUCGUUGUUCUGCAGCGUUGAAGGGUCCGAUCAGAACACAGUGCCCUUUGCAAUGACCCGGAGAGCACAUGUUUAUACCGAGCGGUGUUUGACAUGUGGCGGGAGUCCCACUCCGCAUCUGGGCCGGAGCCCAGAGCCCUUGGCCCUGCUGCCCCACAGCACGCUGCAGCCAAACGCCAGGAGGGGGCAGCACCGUCCGCAUGGAAGCAACACGCCGGAUUGCGGCUCUCUCGGCCCCUUCCUGGGAAGGCGGUCUGGGAGCCGACGUUGCCCUUUCGGCGGACGGGAGUGUUUGAGCUCCUGGAGGAUCUGUGAAUCAGGCAGCUGGAGGCGGAGUGUUCAUUCCGCUGUCGCCACUAGAUGGCGACAAACGCCACUGGAUUGCAGUGCGCGGCCGGGUCCAGUAUUAUUACGCUGGUAGUAAAGUUAUUUUCCUUUGAUUAUAGUCGUUCAGUUUUUUGGGGGGAGGGGGGUGACUUUUAUGUGUCCGUUUCGCUUUGUUGAAAUCGAACCUUUCGGAAGGAGCGGCUCUUUCCUCCCGGUUUAACGAUUUCCAAUCCCCGGGAUUUUCCGUCCUUUUUUGUUUUUGUUUUCCGAUUCCAGGAUUUCGGCCUCCCGAACGGCGAGGCUGGAAACGCUGUAUUAACGCAGCGUGGCGGAUCUAUUAAUCACUAGCGGGUACGAAGACGGAGUGCGAGACCCCGGCGGGAUUGUAUUCUCAAGACGCAGGGCUCGCCUUCAUGACUCCGGGCGUGAAGAGAACAGCAGCCCCUUGUUACCCGCGGGAAGCCGGGGACUGAUGUGGGUUGCAGACCCCUGCUCUUCCCUGCGGCGUGGAAACAGAAAACCAACCCCACCUCCCCGCCGCCCCAGACUCCCAACACUAGCCGAGAGGAAAGGGACACGGGUUUUACCCACAAAUGUUGUUCCGGCUUUCCCCCGCGCGUGGACGACCGCCAGUGGGUGGGUGCGGUGGAGUAAUACUGGAAGAGCGGGAUCAUUUUGAAGUUUCCCUGGAAUCCUGUCCCCCUCCGCUCCCCCCCGACUCGUGACUCCACUGAGACCACUGUCCUGCGUGUGGAGCUCCGCCAGCACCAAGGAAGGUCUUUAAUGUGCAAAGGAACAAGGAAAGGUUUAUUCCACGCUGAAAAAAAGAGAUACAACGUUUCGGCUGUGGGGCCUUCAGGUGUCAAUGAUUUUUUAUACUAAAAUGGAAGCCUUUGAGGUCUUCUUUUGAAUAUAAAAAAUGCACAAUCAUCUCACGGUGUCCACCUUCUGUUCACACGGAAAACUAGUGAUUUGACCGUUUUUCCGUUCUUUUUGAUAAGCUUGUUAGUGUUAAUUUUUGUACACGUGGAAAAGUUCUCCAUAUGUCCAUCUGUGCUUGGUACAGUACGUGUUUGCUCGGCUUUAAAACCUCUUGGUCGCAGUUCUGUACGUCAACACUAGAGGGCGACGCCAGAAAGGAAAAGACGGCGUGUGUGGCAGAAACAUCUGGUUACCAUGGUAACUCCGUCUUCCACCUGCCAGCAGAGACUGUGGAGCUUCUGAGCUCAGAAGACCCCAAACCUCUCAGAAUAUUUAAUUUAUAUUUAAUUGAAAUAAUUGAACAGUAAGGAAAUUAAAAUCCAGCACGCGCUGGCUCUAGGAAGGCUAGAGAUCUGCCCACGACUGAAGUAGGCCGCCUUAUCGAAUGUUUCGCGAAUUCACACUUCCUUCACGAAGGGAGGAUUCAUCCCAAAACUGCCUAACAGCAGCCAGACGAGUAAGGACGAGACUGUCCUCAGCAAAGAACUAGAUCAUCCUCAGUGUCAAGUGUAACCCCCCCCCGAUCCAGGGUCAAAGCCUUGAAGUGUAGGAGGAGGGACUUUGUCAGUAGCUGGACUAAUAAACAUCAUGGGAACCUGCAGGAGGAGCGUGUCCACUUCUAUGACUUUGCGGCUUGCAGUGACAUCACUGCGCACCAUCACGCUCCUGUUGGGCACCAUGGAGCUCAUAGGGGCUUCAGCAGAGGAACGGCUCUGGAAGGUGGGCAUGUCCUGCAGGGGUCUUUAACAGCCGCCGAACCAUGUGGUUGAAGUCAGUACUCCGGCUUCCUUCAAGAAACAGCAGGAUGAGAUCCUGGGACCAGUUAUAUGGGAACUACUGAACAGGCUAGCGGCGAUGAAUGGCCUUCUCUUCAGUGCUGACGUUUUGUUUUUGUUCUGUGUUGAGAAUUUUCAAUUCCAAACUAGGUGGAUCAAACUUGGAAAAACCAAAAAAACAAUUGUGAAACAUUUGCACUGCAGCCUCCUGGGGCAAGAUCACAGUAAUGGAAGGAUGUGUUCUCCAAAUUCCCUACCCUUAACAGACACAUUUAACACAGACAUGAUCUGGAAGGUGGAAAUUGUAGAUCAUUUGACAUGCAUAUUGUUUUACACCACUUUUAUGGGACUUUGAGUCCAAGGUCACUUAUUGUGAAUAUUACUGCACAGGGAAUGGUCUUAUGUUGGUAUGAACAGUACAGUAAACCAAUGGAAAGCCUUCAGUGUGUUGUACUUCAGGAGCUGCUAUGUGCAGUUCUAGUUCUUGAGGGCCGGAGUCCCGCAGGUUUCAAUCGGCAGAUGAUUGAGGCAGGGACUCCUGUCGGGCUGAUCCAAUUAAUGAUCUCCAUUAAGUAAUUAAUGAAGAGGCCAUGCGGGCUUUGCAGACGGGGAUGCCUCCUCCCUGCUCCGGAUGAUCCAGUGAAUCAGAUGUACUUUUUCGGGACAAUAUCCGACAGUGAGGAAAAGCAAUGUCCAAGAGUAGGGCAGGAGACUGCUGCCCACUGCCCACUGCCCACUGCCCAGUGCCCAGUGCCCAGUUUUACCGCUGUGCCAUAAGGAAAGCUCUUGGCCGCAGCCACACCCAAACCGGGGCAAAGUGGCCCUGAAGUGGGGGUGUGGUCAGUUUCGAGGACCGUGCUUGGAUUCCCCGACAAGUCCGUUGGGAUAACAUAUUUAUUUCAUUUUGCUUGAGAAAGUGGGAAUCUUCACUGAAUGGGCUGUAAAAGCAUGUUUUUUUCCUUCUCAUCAAGAAAGAACUGCACUUUCCUAUAUAUUUAAUUCCAUUGAUCUGUCCUGAAUUUGAGCCACUGUUCCACCAGAAUGUGUGUGAUCACCAUUUCUUUAUUUCCAUCUUGUUUUUCUGACCUGUUCUAUGUUGGUUUUUUUUCUAAAGGAUGCACUGAGGUUCUGAACAGAGUCACCUUACAGAUCUUACAGUUCUUGUAAAGACAGAAACCUUUGCAGUGUUUGUACAAACCUGCAUUUUAAAAAACCCCGAUACAUUUCUGGGCUGUAAUGCUUUGGUUUGACUUGUUUGUAUAAAAGCCGUUCUUUGGCGGUAAUAAAAGUUGCGGUUGUGC